AGCUCCUCCACACGCAGCUAGUGCGGGAUAUCAUCUGCCCAAACAAUUUUCUUAAGCCGAGUAACCACAAAAUCUAAGUUCAGCCAUGGAUGAUGAAAUUGCCGCACUGGUUGUUGACAACGGAUCCGGUAUGUGCAAGGCUGGAUUCGCUGGAGAUGAUGCUCCCCGAGCUGUCUUCCCAUCCAUCGUUGGUCGCCCAAGACACCAGGGUGUGAUGGUUGGUAUGGGACAGAAAGACAGCUAUGUUGGUGAUGAGGCCCAGAGCAAAAGAGGUAUCCUGACCCUGAAGUACCCAAUUGAGCACGGUAUUGUCACCAACUGGGAUGACAUGGAGAAGAUCUGGCAUCACACUUUCUACAACGAGCUGCGUGUAGCCCCCGAGGAGCACCCUGUCCUGCUCACUGAGGCUCCCCUGAACCCCAAAGCCAACAGAGAAAAGAUGACACAGAUCAUGUUCGAGACCUUCAACACCCCGGCCAUGUACGUUGCCAUCCAGGCUGUGCUGUCCCUGUAUGCCUCUGGUCGUACCACUGGUAUUGUGAUGGACUCUGGUGAUGGUGUGACCCACACCGUGCCCAUCUACGAGGGUUACGCCCUGCCCCAUGCCAUCCUCCGUCUGGACUUGGCUGGCCGUGACUUGACUGACUACCUCAUGAAGAUCCUGACUGAGAGAGGCUACAGCUUCACCACCACAGCUGAGAGAGAAAUUGUCCGUGACAUCAAGGAGAAGCUCUGCUAUGUUGCCCUUGAUUUUGAGCAGGAGAUGGGCACUGCUGCUUCCUCCUCCUCUCUGGAGAAGAGCUAUGAGCUGCCUGACGGACAGGUCAUCACCAUUGGCAAUGAGAGGUUCAGGUGCCCUGAGGCUCUCUUCCAGCCAUCUUUCUUGGGUAUGGAAUCCUGUGGAAUCCAUGAGACAACCUUCAACUCCAUCAUGAAGUGUGAUGUGGAUAUCCGUAAGGAUUUGUAUGCCAACACUGUGCUGUCUGGUGGUACCACCAUGUACCCUGGCAUUGCAGACAGGAUGCAGAAGGAGAUUACUUCCCUGGCCCCUAGCACAAUGAAAAUUAAGAUCAUUGCACCACCUGAGCGUAAAUACUCUGUCUGGAUUGGAGGCUCCAUCCUGGCCUCCCUGUCCACCUUCCAGCAGAUGUGGAUCAGCAAGCAGGAGUAUGAUGAGUCCGGACCCUCCAUCGUCCACCGCAAAUGCUUCUAAACGGACUGUUACCACUUCACACCAACUUAAACUGCGCAAAGAAAACCCGAAACGACAACAUUGGCAUGGCUUUUGUUAUUUUUGGCGCUUGACUCAGGAUUUAAAAACUGGAACGGUGAAGGUGACGGCAAUUUUUUUUUUGUUAGUUUUUUUGGCAGAUAAACAUCCCUGAAGUUCAACACAUCUGAGGACUCAAAGUACUUUUUGGUUUCUUUUUAGUCAUUCCAAAUGUUUGUUAAAUACGUUGUUCUGAAACUUAUUUGCCUCUAUGAAGGCUGCCCAGAGAGUGGGAGCAUACUUAACAUUGUAGUAUUGCUUGUAUGUAAAUUAUGUAACGGAAAACAAUGUCUGGGUUUUUGUAUUUUUCAGCCUUAAUUUUGGUUUCGUUUUUCUCCUUUUGUGUUACAAAAUAGAAAUACAAAGCUUACCUUUUCACAAUGUAAAGGUUUUCAUUCCCCUUGGGCAAAUGUAUGAGCUGUAAGGAACAUGGUGGUGCCAGAUACCUUGUGGGGCCAACUUGUACACUGACUAAGUCAAAUUCAAUAAAAGUGCACAUGUGUAAGACAUCCUCAA